AUGUGGCCAAAUCAAGGUUCAUCAAACCCAGCCUAUCCUCCUGGCUACAACCCCGCAUACCCCCCGUUACCCCCUAACACGGGUGUCUAUCCCCAGCCCCCACGUCAACAAUACCUGCCAGUCCAGUAUCCACCAGGUGUCAACCCUGCCAUGUUACCCAAGGCACCCCCAGUUGUGACAUCUUACACAGGAGUUCCUGGACCACAUCCCUACCCAGUAACACCCACAGGAUAUCCAGUAGCACCCACAGGAUAUCCAGUAGCCCCAGCAGGAGUCGUCCAACCCGGUGUGUACCAGUGUGCCCCAAAAGGCUACCACUACAAGGGCCAUCACUACCAUGGGGGGGUCAACCCAUUGUAUCCCUUGAACAGGGGGAUUGGCGGAGGGCUAGCAGGCUUGGCCGUGGGACUGAUAGCACAUAAAGCCCACAAGAAGUUGAAGAAGGGAAAGAAGCUGAAGAAGGUGCACAAGAUGUAUAAACAUGGUUACUACAAUUCUGGGUGUCUGUCCCUACAGUCCUCCUCCUCUAGCAGCAGCAGCAGCGACUCCGACUGA